CAACAAUUACGCCCGCCGUGGCCGCCAGAGACCGACCCGCCAACACCAAGGAAGAACAAGACCAACCCCAAACCUCCAAGAUGGGCAGAGAAGAGCAGAUAGAGGAGCGCGAGGUGCUCGACUCCAUUUUCCCGGACGAGAUCCAGGACAUCUCCGACACCGAGUACCGCGUGACAAUCGUGCUCGAUGUCACGAACGAAGACGACGAGGAAGCCGAGCCGCCGACCAUCAUCCUCGGCGUGCAAUACCCAGACAACUACCCCGACGAAGCACCCCGGCUGGACAUAACGACACCCCCCAACGCGCCCAAACACGCGAACCUCGACAUCCAAACCGACAAGGCGCGCCUGCUGGACGCGCUCGCGCCCACCAUCGACGAAAACCUCGGCAUGGCCAUGGUGUUCACGCUGGUGUCGACGCUCAAGGACUCUGCCGAGCUGCUCAUCGCCGAGCGCCAGGCGGCGCAGCGCGCUGUCGUCGAGAUGGAGGCACAGGCUGCCGAGGCGGAGGAGAAUAAGAAGUUCCAUGGCACUGCUGUCACGAGGGAGAGCUUCUUGUCCUGGCGCGAGGGCUUUAUGCGCGAGAUGGAGGAGGCGGAGAAGAGGGCUGUUGAGGAGAAGGAGGCUGAGACGAAGGGCAAGAAGGGCAAGGAGGAGAAGAAGCUCUCCGGGCGCCAGCUUUGGGAGCGUGGCUUGGCGGGCAAGGGUGAGGAGGAUGACGAGGGUGCGGAUGUGGCGGAGGGCGUGGAGAGGCUGAAGGUCGAGGCUUAG